AUGGGAAACCAUCACUCGACGGGCCACUUCUUCAACCUCUGCGGCUGCACCGAUGUCAUCGGAUUCGAGGGCAGCGCCAAGGCAGUCAUCAACAUGUACGAAAUUAAGCCGUGGAACGCAAGGAGUCUGAUCCGCGACAAUUUGAACAAACAGGCAGACCUUGCGCGGAAGUCCCCGCUGCGGAAGGUGCCCAUUAUGGAUGGAUUAGAAUACUUCCAGAGGCAGAUCAAAAGCUCGAUGUUCGGCUCCCGCGAGUUGACGAAGGAUCGCUUCGUCGACAUCGCGGUGAUGCUUCUAGGUCAACAGAACAUCCCGCACAACCCUCGUGAGCGGGAGGACCUGUACCAGAUCUUUGAUUCCAUGGACUUCGACAGGAAUGGAACCUUGAGCACUGGGGAGUGGGCCGCCGGCUUGUCGGUGUUCUUCAAGGGGUCGAUGGAGGAGGCCGUGCGCGCCGUGUUCCGUUGCCUGGAUGCCAACGAGAAUGGUGCCAUCUCCAAAUCCGAGCUGCAGGUCUAUCUCUCCCCCUUCGUCAAGGCCAUGUCACCCCCAGAGGCAGCAGCAUUGCGACCCAUUCUGGAGAAGAAGGCGGUUGAUGACAUCUACUACGACAUGGACAUGGAUCACCAGGCAGACAUCUCCAGUGACGAGAUGUUGGCAUGGAGUCGCCGGGGGAACAACAUCGUUGACCGGCUCGCCGACAUCAUCGACCAGGAGGUCUACCAACUCUGGCUGGCGGAGUCCAAGCGGAAGAAUCAGAAUCGGAGGUAUUCCGAAACUGGAAGUGCAAGCCCUGGCGCAAGCCCUGGCAGCAGCCCAGGGAGCGGUCGCUAUGAGGCGAUGCAGGACCACCACGAUGCUGGGUACGAUUCGCAGCGCGCCUCUAUGAGCUCCAUGGGACACAGCCCGGCACAGCAAGGGUAUGGCCAAGCUCCCCAGCACUCCGAGUAUGGCCCGGGGCCGUAUCAGCAGCCGCAGCCAGGCACUGGCGCUGGUUACUCCAACAACUUCCAGUCGUCCUACUCUUCAGCGCCGCCAGCCUACAGCUCCCAGCCGCCAGCCUACUCGCAGUACGGAGGAAGCAUGGCCAACGACCCGAGGCCGGGAAAUAGAGGGCCUUCGUAG